GAUGUGAGCAAGGCACAGGAAUACUUGCAGCUGAAACGUGAGAUUGGGUUUCAUACACCGCGGAAAUUGAUUGACUUUCUGCAUUCAUUCGCGGCUGAUCAUUUCUUCAACGUCUCGGGCAAGGGAUACUACGCAAAAGUAAGCUUGAGAAGUACAGGCAUGCAAUUGCAAGUGCAAGACAGUCUUCUGCAGAAAAACUUGCGACGCCAUGGCACCCGAAAAAUUUUACCGAAGUUGCGCAGUCUUGGUGAAAUCGCUCUUGUCAGGGAGCCCGCAGGCAACUGCACAGGUAGAAAACAUGUUUAUGAUUUUGGCCAAGAAUGGUGCUUAAGCAUCAUGAUCAUCAUGAUUUUCGUUUUGAUUAUCCACGACUAUAAAAGUGUAUGUUGACGGCACACAACCCCAAUUCUUGCAACAGGUGCUUCUUACAGUUCGUCUCGCUCUGAGAAGGGCGGAUCUACUGUUGAUUUUCUAAAGCGAGGCUUACAGUAUUCUUGCGGAUUACUAGAACUUUUUCGAGGGCGAAGAAAGGAGAUCACUCUGGACCAGCAUACAACCGCGUCGUGCAGUUCUUUCUCCGAAUGGCCGCGGAGUGUUGCACCAGUUUCCAUAGGUGGCGCGACGUCGCCCUUUGUCUUUAAGUGGAGCGUUAGCUCCACUUCAUUUUUCCGCAACCAAGCCGGCCGCGUAUUGAAACACUGGGAGCCUCAGCUGUUGGAUGCGGAGGACGCUUGUGGUAGCGUGUUUGGUGGACAGGGCAGGAAAGGCAUGCAGGACGUACCGGCAUUUGCCGACAACAAGCCACUCUUUUCUCUCCUGGGGGCUUAUUACCUCAGCGACGGCCGUACGUGUCCGCUAGGCGGCACGUCCGAAUGCCGUACGUUGUUGCGGGAGUGCAGCAGCAAGUCUGCAGGCCCGCAGCAGGAGAUUGUACAGGAGGUGCUCAUUAGCUCGUCCUCGUCUGUAGGGAACGUGAUCGGGAAGCAGGGGGCGACGAUUAAGCACAUUCAGUCGCUUUCCGGUUGCCAAGUCGAGACUCCCAGCACAAAGGGCAAAGGAAGGAAAGCCCAGUCGCAAGAUUGUAUUACCAUACGCGGAACUCAGCAAAGCGUCGUGGAUGCUGUAGCAAACGUUGUCGGCUUGUUGCUUCAGGGUGCAAAGGCACCACUUGUGAUGAUGGUGCUAGAUGACAAUAUCCGUGCCGCACGAGGCUCCACGACUCUCCAGAACGAGGACAAGGCGGAGGAGAGUCUCGCGAAGUUGUUUCCUUCGCCCGCUCCCGGGGCAGUUUACGGGAUCUACCAGAGCGCAGCCGUAAAUGUUGACGCAGCCGGAACGCCGACAAGCGCUGUUCUCUCCGGAGUGACCGUGUUCGAGGUGGCCAACUCAAAUGUUCUAGCGGCCUUGCUUUUGCUGUUUGGCAACCACCGCAUUGAAACGCUAGCCGUGCGAGACGAGGACUCCGAAGACAUUGUUCGUCUUCAAGUCGGCACGGAUCUGAUACUCGAUUGCUGCGUCAGCGACCCGACUAUGGAUUACAUUGAUAAGCUUCGUACUAGUCUCUCGCGUACCUUUUGUAGUUGCGCUUCCGGGUUGCCUCAGUUCAAAACGAACUUGAACUUCGCAGACGAAUUGCAGAAUCUAGUAAGUAAAGUACAAUCCACAUCCGUUCAGCAAAUGCCGCUAGAAGCUCAGACAGUAGACUUCCGAAUUUCUUCGUCCGACAAGAAUCAGCUACUCGGGUGUUGGAAUGACUGGGACGACCAAGUCUGAACCUCAACCUACAGUAGCACAGGUAGACACUUAAUAGAUACGCAAUGAAUAAAGACGGCGGAAUCGUCUAGCUUUUCGUUCGUUGUGCUGGAUGAGCGAAGCAGUCGUGGUAAGACCCUUGAUAGCUUAGUAAAACGGAAAGACAAGUAGAGCGACCAAAGCAGAUCUCGUUCCGCCUCUUAUAAAAAUUUGUUUUUUUUGGGUCACAACCAAAUACUUUAUAUCUUGAUUUAUACUCGUUGCUUCUCUUUUGGUACCAUCUUUAUGAAUCUAUCCGAUUCCACAAAAAAUACGCUAUGGUGUAUAAUGUGUCCGUCCAGAAACCUUGUGUAGUGUGUCCUGCAGCACAGAUCCCUAUCAUUCCCGAGACUUCUGUGCAGAACUUCUGAACUUCGUGUUUAUUCGCCCUUUCCUCUACGUCCCCAGCCACACAAGAGAAAGCAUGAUACGACUGUUUGUCGAUAAAUCAAAAAGAUGCAACAUGAUUCGUAUGAGUCUGUUACUGUUUUCCAAGAACAGUUCGUAUUCCCAUGUUAAAACGCAUCUACAUCAGCAAAGAAUCUAGUGACUAUCAGGUGCAUGUAGUGGUAGGUGCCAUGACGCGGCAGAAAGGCAUGUUCCGUUCAACUGACGUUGGUGAUAUCUUCAAAACGCUUACUAUAAUCACAUGGCAGGUGGGGAGGAAAUACGUAUCCAAAGAUGCAGGAUCGACUGAUAUGAUGUGUGUAAGAAGAGAUGUUUUGGCUUAGAUUGUUUUCCAGCUUCUUGCGUUUAUCAAGAAUAGGUUGGAUUUUUGUGUAGAACAUGAAAACAGAUUGUCUGUUGCUCUCCUUCGCGAGGUACAAGAAGAUUGGAUGGCCUUAUCUCUGACAGAAAGUUCAGGACCAAAGGCGACAUGACAUGGCAUCUGUUGCUCUGUCACUCAUGGACUAGGUUCCUCUGUCUUGUGACACCAGUUUAC